CAAUUAAAUAUUAAAAACUUUUUUCAGAGAAAGCUAAAAUGUACUAAGUAAAGAUGGCCCUCUCUCUUCUGGCGGAUUACUCCUCCGACGGAACAGAUUCGGACUCCGACGACGGAAUCAGCGUUGUAAUAAACAAAAAUCCGCAACAGAAAAAACAACACACAAGAACGGAACGAACCAGACCCCCGCCAAGGACCAAGCGACCUGCCGCCGCCCAAAGUGGGAAAGUAAAGACGAAGUUCUCCAGGAGUGAAUCUGUCCUGGAUAAUUCACACAACCCGGAGUAUGAUGAGCCUCAGGAAUCCAUCCCUCUCCCCUCAACAGUACUCACUAUGUUCGACAAAACCGAGGAACAAGAGGCCCUUGACUCAGCUGUGUUCCACAAAGGUAGAGUCCGUUCCUUCCCUCACGAGAAGAACAACUGGGCAUCCUUCAUCUACAUAGAUGUAUCCGACCUGGAGCUUGACGAGGUUAGAUCCUGGUUAGUCAAGGAGCUGGAUCUUGAACCUACCGAGGAUACUCAUGUUUCACUCAGCAGAACUGUUAGUCUCAGGCAUCAUUGGAUCGACCCUGUGAUUCAGGGGAUCAGCCAGGGGUUCAAGGACGUGGACAGGUUCACCAUUAAGCUGGAUAAGUUGGCUGUCUACCUCAACGAUGAGAGAACAAGGACGUUUGUUGGACUUGAAGCAACGGGAGGAGUUCCACAACUCAGUAAACUAUCUAAAGCUGUUGAUGUUGUCCUCCGAGAUUUCUCCCUGCCUCCCUUCUACUAUCCUCCAUCCUUUCAUGUCAGCCUCGGUUGGUGCCUUGGGAACAGACUCAAGGAUAUUCAUCCUCAGCUCUCAUCAUUAGAGUUGAAGAUGCUGGAUGUUAUCGAGGAAGUUGACGAUUUUGGCAAAUUAUUCGUCAAGGCGGCGCACUGUAAAUCUGGAAACCGGUUUUUUGAUUUUAAGCUCAAGUAGUUUAAAGUAGCCUUCGAGUUUUUCUAAUCAAGUUAAAACAGAAGUCGGAUUUAAUGAACAGGAAGAAAGGAUUAACUGUGUGCAGGAAAUUAAGAAUAAAGAAUAAGUUGGAUAUCCAUAAAGGGAUUUGUAUUUUGUUUCUUCUUUUUGAUACUUUUUUACCGAAAGGCGAAAAUUCAUUAAUUUUCCCUUAAAAAAUGUUAUUUUCUUCAAUUCAGCAAAUUAAAACUUAUACAAAUAUUUGCUUUCCGUAGUUUUACUAGUUACUUAUUAAGCUACUUAUUGAGUGAAUUAGACUUUUUUACACGGCACAAUUGUGGUGACCUUUGUUCAUUGCAGUAAUUGAAGUCAUAAAUUGAGUCGAAAAUUCGCCUUUCUAUUCCAGAGUUUUCUGGUUAUCACUGUAUCUCAGUAGGGACGGAGAUUUUGGUCAGAUCAGUUGCUCGCAAGCAUAAAUAACUUUUUG